AUGUCUGACAAGGGGCUCACGGAGGACUCGGGAGCCCCGCGGCUCCCCAACACCCUCAGGGAUAGUAGUCCAAGAAGGAGCUUCGGACCUUGUGGAUGGAUUUUAGUGGCUGUCUCGUUCUUAGUCACCCUUAUAACGUUCCCAAUCUCGAUGUGGCUGUGCAUUAAGAUCAUAAAAGAGUAUGAAAGAGCCAUCAUCUUUAGACUGGGUCACAUUUUACAAGGAGGAGCCAAAGGCCCUGGCAUGGUUUUUGUUCUGCCGUGUACUGACAGCUUCGUCAGGGUGGAUAUGAGGACUGUUUCCUUUGACAUUCCUCCUCAGGAGAUCCUGAGUAAGGACUCGGUGUCGGUUAGGGUGGACGGCGUGGUCUACUACCGCGUUCAGGACGCCAGGCUGGCGGUGAUCAACAUCACCAACGCCGACUCCGCCACCCGCCUGCUGGCGCAGACCACGCUGAGGAACGUUCUGGGCACCAAGAGCCUCUCUCAAAUUCUUUCCGACAGAGAAGAAAUUGCACGCAACAUGCACUGUACUCUGGCCAGCGCCACUGACGACUGGGGAAUAAAGGUGGAGCGUGUGGAUAUUAAGGACGUGAAACUACCUGUGCAGCUCCAGAGAGCUAUGGCUGCAGAAGCGGAAGCAGCCAGGGAGGCCAGAGCCAAGGUCAUUGCAGCUGAAGGAGAAAUGAAUGCAUCCAGGGCUCUGAAGGAAGCCUCCAUGAUCAUGACUCAAUCUCCGGCAGCCCUGGAGCUCCGAUACCUUCAGACACUUAAUACCAUCGCUGCUGAGAAGAACUCAACGAUUAUCUUCCCUCUGCCCAUCGAUAUAUUGCAAGUCAUCAUAGGGGCAAAACACUGA